UAUGACUUAGAGUCCUCCGCCUGUGGAUGAGAUGAGGCUGAUGUCGUUAAGUUUCUCUGUCUUGGAUGGAAUCGUUUGGCACGUGCAUUCUUCAGAUUGGUUCCAUAUGUCACUUCGUGCUUUAGACGGACGGGGGCGCUGUUGUCUUUGGUCAAACUCACUGUUUCUCACACACAAUUGUUGGAUCAUUAAAAAUAUUUUUUUAAGUUCCAAUAAUAUUUUGACCAAAAUACUGAAACUCGUUUUGUUUUAAUCACUAAUUAUUAAAUGUUAAUAAAAUAUGCCAAAACGCAUUAAAAGGUGUUAACUGUAAAGUUAAUUUUUCAUGAAUACAGAAUCAAUAAAGUUGCAUUGUCUGAUUGUGGGCUGCGCUCCCGCGCGCGCACAAAGCCAACUUUGGAGUAACGGAGCAGGAAUUUCCCUCCUGCCACUCCUGAGAGCGCAGAGGACCGGAGUCACGGAUUAACCACUUCUCCCCCGGAAGGACGGAGCCCGGAGGAGCUGCUGACUUUAUUUUUUUUUUUUUUUUUUAAGAAGAUGACCGAACUGCACGAGAGGAGCUGAAGGAGAUCCGUGGUUUCUCCUUUCCUCGUGGUUGCUCCUGGAAGGAAUAAGGCGCGCGCUGCAGGAGCAUCAGGAAUGCUGAGGCUGCUUUUGGAAGUUUGGCUUUUAUGACUUUUUUUUUUUUUUUUAGCUGUGGCUGGAAUUACUGCUCCAUUUCUGCAGCUCAGUCCCUCAAACACCUCAGGAGGAAGGAUUUUAAAAGUUCCUGAGAAUCCAACUUUAUCUGGAAUACGUGCGUAAAAAGGAAGCGGGAGCGCAGAUUGUUGCUCUGGAGGAGGAAAACGCGGAGUCCAAACGGCGUCUAGAAGGAUGUUGCUGCGUGUACAAUGGAAGUAAAGAAGGCUGUUGCUUCUGCCGCGGUGGUUUGUCUGUUCUUCUGCUCAGUUUGGAGCCAAAACCUUAAUCCUAAAGGCAGGAAUGUGUGCAAAGCGCCUGGGUCUCCAGGGCUGCUGUGCUGCAGCGGAUGGGGGCAGCAGGGGGAUGAAUGCCUGACUCCUCUCUGUGAGGGAAACUUCACCUGCAAAGAGAACGAGGUGUGCGUCAGGCCGAACGAAUGUCGCUGUCGUCAUGGUUACUUCGGAGCCAGCUGUGACACCAAGUGCCCAACCCAGUUCUGGGGUCCAGACUGCAAGGGCAAAUGUAACUGUUACCCCAACGGCCAGUGUGACGACCUGACGGGCAAAUGUACCUGCAACCACAACCGCUGGGGCGCCAACUGCGAGAGCGUCUGCCUGUGCCAAAAGGGCAAGUGUGACCAGGACACAGGGAAAUGCACGUGCCACCACGGCAUCUGGGGUCCUCAGUGCACCAACAACUGCUACUGCAGCAUCAACUCCGUGUGCGACGUGAUGACGGGCCGCUGCCUGUGCAACCCCGGCUGGAUGGGGAGGAACUGCGCCAACCACUGCAACUGCCAGGGCUCGCCGUGCGACCAGUUCACGGGCCGCUGCCAGUGCCGGGAGAGGCUGUGGGGCCCCAGGUGCGAGCGGCAGUGCCAGUGCAUCCACGGCAAGUGCAACCAGAACGACGGCUCCUGCACCUGCAACCCGGGCUACCGCGGGAAAUUCUGCAGGGAGCCGUGUCCCGCCGGCUUCUACGGACAAAACUGCAGAAACAGGUGUGGCCACUGCAAAGGCCAGCAGCCGUGUAAGGUGACGGAGGGCCGCUGCAUCACCUGCGACCGCGGCUGGAAUGGAACCCGGUGCGAUCAGCUCUGCUCCAAAGGCUUUUUUGGAGAAAACUGCCAGGAAGUUUGUCCCACGUGUAAAGACGGACAUCACUGCGACCCCAUCUAUGGGAAGUGCUCUCACUGUAACCCCGGCUGGAUUGGGGACAGGUGUGAGGUGCGCUGCCCCAACGGCACCUACGGCGAGAACUGCGAGAACAACUGCAGCCACUGUUUCAAUGGCAUCUGCCAUGUUGUCACGGGCGAGUGCCUGUGUGACCCGGGAUUCUACGGCAUCUACUGCAACAUGACGUGUCCACCCGGCCAGUAUGGAGUCAACUGCAACAGAAGCUGCUGGUGCCACGACAAGAACUGCGACCCCGUCUCCGGUGCCUGCUACCUCCAACCCAACCAGCGGAUGGGCGUGAUCGCCGCCGCCUCUCUGGUCUCCUUUUUACUGGUCGCCCUCCUGUCGCUGCUGUGCUGCUGCUGCCUCUGCCGACCCAAAGACGACCACAACAAAAAAGCCAAGCGGAUCCUGUGUGGACGAUUCAGCAGAAUCAGCACUAAACUUCCCCGUAUUCCACUGAAGCGACAGAAACUGCCCAAAGUAGUCGUAGCCCACCACGACCCAGAGAACACCUUUAACUGCAGCUUCAUCGAGCCCCCCUCUGUGGCCGAGCAGCCCUCCCCCUCCUCGUGGUCGUCCCAGGAGUCCUUCUCCUCCUUCGAGAGCGGAUACGAGGGGCCGGUCUACUGUGUUCCUAACGAAGAGUCUACAUGUGAAAGUAAGGACAAGCAGAGUCCCAGCCCAAGUACCGAAGAGGCAAAAGAUGACCCGGAUGUGGAAGAUGAAGGAGAGUACACCUCCCUAAAAGAAACAAGCAUAGCCAAACCAGAUGCCUCGGAGCAGUCCCUUCUCAAAUCGUUUGAUAGCGAGGGUUCCAACAGCGGUUCUGAAUCUGCAGCUCUGUAUUCACACAUCGCCAGACCCUCCAAACAGUCAAAGGAUGAGGAUGGCAGGAACAGGGAAAGCACUCCUACACCAGAGGUCAAGCGUAAUGGAAAGCCACCACCUUCACCUGGCAAGCCCAAACCCCGCCCUCCAGAUCCGUCUACGAAGCCCAAAGUGUCAUGGAUACAUGGAAGUACUACCGGAUCUCCCCAGACAAAGCAGCAAGGGGGAAGCAAGGUUUUUGUGGUGUCAAACGAGAAACAUCGGAGCAACAGUGACGGUUCGUCCAAGAAUGAGGAACAGCAGAAGCAGAAGGGGCAAGACCAAGAGCAAAAACGGGAAGGGAAAGGGACGGAUGCCAAUGGAUCCCCUGGCAAACACAAACCUCUCCGAGGUAGGAAGUCUGGAGAUGAGCACAGCAGUCCCAGUCACAUGGAACACAUCAACGGAGUUGUUCAAAAUGCCCUCAAAAAGAUAAGCAGCUUCCACAGCUCCUCUCCUGAGAAGAAGAACGCUGAGAAUCCGAAGCAAAACCACAAGGAGCCCCCGAAGAGUCCAAAGGUAAUCCAUCCUCACAUAAACUCUGAAGCAGCUGCGCUGGUGGCUGCUCAGCUCAAAGAAAAAACCCAAAGCAUCAACAGGAACGAGGGAACAGGGCUGACAAAGACCAACGGACUCUCCCCAAAAGGAAGCCAGGAGAAGCCCAAACCUCCUCAGAAAGCCAAGAGGAACGCCUCUGGUGGACUCAGCCAGCAGGGCUCGACCAAGCCCCUGCUUCCCACCUCCAGCAGCCUCCAGAAGAUGGUCACCAAUAACUGUGGAACCCCAGAAGCCAAGAGCCCAGAAAAGCAGGAUUCCCAAGGGGAUCUGCUAGAUCCUACACCAAAGAAGACUCCCAUAAAAAAGCCACCCAGGAAGAAAGGCAAAGAGGGUACCUUGGAAAUACCUGAAAGUAAGACACCUCAGCCAAAGACAGCUAUAAUGCCCCCACAGGUGGUGAAGUAGAACUGCACACGUUGUGAUUGGUUUUCUAGAGUACUGAAAUGUUUAGGUAACCAAUGCAUCGUGGUGAGCUGUGACUCCAGGACCAGUCAAGAUUUGCUUGAACCAAGAGUGCAAUUGUGUCACGUUGGUGAGGUGUAUCAUAAUAAUCUUUAUACACCGUUUUAUUGCAUUUCAAGAAUCCUUUAUGUUUCUUUUGUGUAACCAGUAUGUAUUAACCUCCAAACACAACCUGUGGCUAGGCUGGACACAGCUGUGUGAACAGCGGCACAAUGGCACUUCCCAAACUUAAUUCACCUCUAUUCCCUAUCUUCGAUGUCCACGACUGACCUUCUGAAAGUAGGUGCCAGAGAAAAAAUAGUGCUAUUUUCUCAUGCUCUUUGCAGGUACUAAGACGCUAUUAAGAUUCAGGUGCUCUGACGAAGCUUCACUCGUUCUUUUAUUAAAUUAAACAAUCAACUAAAUUCUUAAAGGAGGUUUACAAUCAAGAUCUACUUGAAUAAUAAGAGCUCAAAAUAAUAUAUUUUUACAAAUCAUUUCGUUGUCAACAUAAACUUAAAUUGCUAGUCCCCCAUCACCAGAAUGUGCUUUUGCUGUUCUUCCCUUCUUACAUGUUACAACACGAAUCCUGUUUGAUAUGAACAUCAACAAAUGAUUGUUCUUUUCUAAAUAAGGAAUGCAAACUUUUUUACAUAAAACCAACAUUUGGAUUGACUGUAAAGGUAUGCUCACACCCAAUGAGAUUCACGCCUUAAAUUCACGUUGGACGCCUUUAAACUAGGGCUAGGAUGGUAAAGUCAAUCGAUCGAUUUGAAUCGAUCUAAGCUCAAUAGAUCAAUAAUUGAUCCAAAAAAUAAAAAAGGAUCUAGCACAUAAAGCUAAAGUAAGUUAGCUCUAUGCUAACGUUUAAUGGAAUGUCCCAUAGGAUGGCUAACGCUCAAUUGACGUGAACGUACAUUGCUGACUAAAUGAACAUCUUUAUUUAUGAAUUUUACAAACUCUUUUAAGGAAAUAUUUUUUAAAGUAACCAUUUGUCUAAAUCACAGUUUUUUGCUCAUUCUUUCUUCUUUUUCUGGAAUAAGGUAUAAUGCUAAUGCACGAUCACGUUCAUAAUUUUAUUGCUCCAGACGCAUGUGGGAGGAGCUACUGUCAAAAGUUUGUAUUAUUAUUAAUAUAUUAGUGUCCCACUCCAAGUCGUUCCCAGCGGUCUUUUAAUUAUGAUAUACAGUUUUUAGCUCUAAAAGCUUUUUUAGUUUUUCAUGACAUUUUCUGCGGCUCAAUAGAAAUAUAAUUCUGGGUUGUGUGCACUAUUGUUGAUGCAGAAGUUAGCUGCGCUUAUAUCCCACCAAGCCUUUGUUUACACUCUCUCACGCUAGUUUACAGCUACACGCUAACAAUAGUGUAGCAAAACAACAGCUAGCAAUAUUGGAGCUAUCCCGCCGUACAGUUUUGAUCCAGAUUGGAGCUCAGACGAGGAAUAGAUGUAUUUGUCUGUAAGUGGAUCCUUCAGAAAGGUAAACUUUGGUAUGCAUAUUUCAGUAGCUGCAUUAUUAGUCUGAGCAUUUUUCAAGCCUCCAGUUUUCAUCAAAAUUUACAAACACAGUUGUUCAGGAAUUAAAUUAUUGUAUGUAGGUCCUCUAAUAUGAUAAAAUGAUAAAAUGCUGCAAGAACCUUUUAAAAACACAAAAAGACUGUUUUUAUUGGUGUGAGUCUUUACAGACUUCUACAAUCACAUCUCCAUGUGUGUAUUCAUGGGAUCAUUCCGAGACUCUGACAGGCGCUUUCAGCGGUACUUCCGUCUCUCUGUGACAAAGCUGAGUGCCUGAUUUGCUGACACGAUGUGUCUUCUUUGCCCAAAGUCACAUUUUCUAACUCUCACCAAUUUGCAACGCUCAAAUCGUGUUGCAACUGCUAAACCGUGCUGCUGCCAGCCCAAAACUCCAAUUGCAUCACAGGACCACUGCGUCUGUACAUUGACUUCACAUUGAAUCUGGAUGUCCUGAUGCCUGAAUAACAAUCAGUGUGAACACAGCUUUAACACAAGAAAAAAAGAAAAAGUCACUAAAUGUGUGCUUUCCUAGAGCAGAUUCAAAACUGAAAACUUGAGCUGUUCCAAUCAGGUUUUGUGGCUGCCAUAACAUGUGGGAAAAUCAUUCUGGCCAUCAGGAGUCAUCUUUGAUGAGAAACUGCAGAUACAUGCUAGAUGAAAAGAUAUACAUUGUUUCUGUUGUGUGGAGAAGAUUGAGCAUUCAUAGUUGUAUACUUUAUGAAAAUGUGUACAAUCUUAUUUGUCAAGCGUUGAUGGUAGUAGCCAAUCAGCAGCUGUUAAGAAAGAAUCCUUGAAGACGACAAUUUCAAGUUAAGAAGAUUUAUCAAGAAACAAAGAAAGUCUGUUGUUAGUUGAUUCCUCUUGGAACAAAAAUA